GCCGGUGCUGUUAGUACCCGGCUGUGUAACUCGAUAGGGGGCAUCGACAGGGAUAAGGGAAUGUUGAGUUGCAAUGGAGCAGAGUGCGAUACAGUGGUUAGGUGCUCCCUGCUGCCUUCGGGGCUCCUUUGCCUUUUACAAGUCGGUGAGUUACAGGCAGGAGUUGGGUGGUUCGCCUCAGGUCUGGAAGCUUGGAGAGUUUUACUUCAUGCGCUGUGGCCCUCAGGAGCCCGUUUGCAUAGCUGAGGUCACACUACUAUGGGAAGAUCAGACACAGCACCGCCUGCUGGCCAGUUCUAGACUCUACUUCCUUCCUGAAGACACCCCAAAAGGCAGAGCGGUGGAGCACGGAGAGGAUGAAGUCGUCGCUGUGUCGAGAAAGAUUGUUGUGAAAGUGGAGGAUCUGAUAAAGUGGACCUGUCAGGAACCGCCACAGUGGAAGCGCAGCAGUCAAAACAUAUACGGGUCUCGCAAUUCUGCUGACUCACAGGGAGGGAAAACGGAGAGUAAUGAUGAGUCUACAGCAGUACAGCAGAAGGUUAAAGUUCUCAGUUACCCUCAGUAUUGCCGAUUCCGAUCCCUCCAGAGACGUGUCCCGUAUCAGGCUGGCUGCCCUGGUCUGCAGGACCCUCUCCUGCUGGCUCUGGGGGGCAUAAAAGUGGCCUUUAACAACACACGUGUCCUUUACUGUCGAGAUACCUUCAACCACCCUACUCUUGACAGCAAUGCUAGUAUACUGACACAGAUUGGAUGUUCCUCUCUGAGUCUGAAGGGGCGACCUCGUAAAAGAAAAGUGGAUGACUCUGAACAACAAAACCAUAACCAUUUAUCAGAGUCAUGGAUGGAAAGGAUGAAGGAAAAUGUGAUGGGCAGUGUAGAAAUGCAUUGGGACGGAAACUGGCUCCCACACCCAGAGGAACAGCUCUUCCUGGAUCAGCUACAUCUCUUUAUGGAGCGCAGAGGUUCCCCCAUAAGCAAAGUUCCCAAUCUGGGUUUCAAAAAGAUUGACCUGUUCCUCUUGUAUUCAGUUGUGAAAAGGCUGGGAGGCUAUGAGAGGGUGACAUCGCAGCGUAUGUGGAAGGUCGUGUACAAUGAGCUGGGUGGAAGUCCAGGCAGCACCAGCGCUGCCACCUGCACCAGGAAGCAUUAUGAAAGGUUGAUGCUCCCUUAUGAAAAGCACAUAAGGGGAGAAAACCCAGAAAUUGGCAAGCCCAUGGUUACAUCAGUUUUACCAACCACCAUCAAACAGACUGUACAAGGAAGAGGGGUGUCAGCCAGCCCAAAAAAGAAUGGGGUCACCAACCAGGCUUCACCACCAGAUGGUGUUGUUGUUGUACGUAAAAGAGGACGACCGCCUGGCAAACGUAAUGCUAAAGUUCUGCCAAAAGGCAGAGUUGGAAGACCACCUUUAUACCCCAAAUCUCUCCCUGAGACAACAAGACCCCAUCAGGAGGUUCAGCCACUGUCUAUUUUCCAGGAACUAAAGCUCAUUAAUCACCAUCAAAUCCAAGGUCUAACACCCAUGUCCUCAACCCCUGUGUCCCACCAACUGGUACUUGGACGAGAUGUAAAGAUGGAGACCAUAGAUCCACAAGCUCCCUCAUUUCUGUCUGCACCUGUCAAGCUGAUGGCAGGUGGUUCCCUGGAUGGAUUCAGUCCCACCAAAGGACUGUGUCCAUUGGACCUCUUCCGAGCCCGCUUGCGCCUCAGUGGAAUUAGCAAUUAUGAGGUAACUACCCAAGAUUCUUCCACAGCCCACCAGACAAUUAUAGUCCAUCAGCCCAAAGUCAGCACGCCUGAGACCUCUGAGAACCUCCAGCACCAGUGUUCUGGGUGUAUCUUAGAUACCUCAUCCCAGAGUGGAGGUCUUGCAAUGACCAGAGCUCCCUUGCCACCUCUCCGGAUCCUCCCACUUGACAUUGGCUGCAGUAUGCAGUUGCGUCAACUGAUGCGCACCCGUCUUGGGUCAGCACACAUGAACUCGUUCACCAAGCGACUCUCACAGGUUCUGGCUCAGGAUAUUAGCAAGACCUCCCAACCUAAUGGGAACCCCCUCAGGAUUCCUCAAGAGCAAGCGCUCCCGCUCAACCUGAGCAAAAGAGCCAUCAUAAAGAGGUCUGCUGGAGACAUGGAGCUGCAAAACAGGGACUUGCAGUCUAUGACCGAGAAGCUAAAUGCGGAACCUGAGGUGGUGCUAAAGUGGAAUGGCAAGUCCCUGCUGAUUCCAAUGACCCAAGAUGAGCCGGCUGACCUUAGUUCUCCCAGUAGAGCUAGAGCAUUGUCUCAAGAUGGGUCAAGUAUGGCUCUGAAUCUCCCCGAAGCCACUUGUUUCACUUUAAUGCCCAAACUGGAUGUCCCCUCUGAAAAGUCCUCCAGUAUUGGUGCCCCUCCUGAAAACCUACCUGGCAUUUAUCAUCUGAAACAAGAGGAAGACAAGAGCAGCACAAUCACAAUGACAAUUAAGAAUGAACCAGAGAUUACAUCUUUGGAUCCAGAUCUAGAACCUCAGUCAAACAGUGACCUCUAUCCUCAACGUAUACCUACUGAUGAUCUUAUAGUGGAGUCAGACACAGUUGCCUCUCUCAAAGUACUUGCUAAUUCACUCCUUUCGAAGCCAUCUCAAAGCUGUUAGCAUUCAAGCAUUGGAGAGUUUGCCUGCCUGUAACUGCAUCAACAACUCUUAAUGAUAGGAUAUACGUUGUUUUUCUGCGUGCCAUUUUGUCUCCCCACAGUUGAGCUCUCAGCCAUUCAAAGUAUACACUUUUUGACCGCAAGUCAAUAUGGAUGUUUUAGAAGCAUGCACACUAAGACUGCUUUGUGAUAUGCUUUAGCACAAUCAAUGCCAGGCACAUGUGCAAAGAUGUGGAUUGUCUGCAUGUUUAGAAAUACGUGGAUGCACAUGGACCGUCUGCGCUUCCCGUUCUGAUGAAGACAUUUGAAUCACGCUCAAUCGUUACUGCGGAACACCGAAGUAUACUUUGGCCUCGUGCUUCAUCACUCCUUUUUCCAUUCUGCAGAUGCAUUGUUAUCUGCUCAGUACCUGCUUUUAAAACACUACUAAACUUUUAACUGAUGCAGGUGUUCAACCAAAGAUAAAGUGCCUUGUACAACUUGAUUACUUAAGUCUGCAUUUAAGUGCAAACAUAUGCUGUAGAUAGUGGAUCAUCAAGUGGCCAGCCAAUAAAGGCCGUCUAAUAUGGAGCAUUUGAUAUCAUGUUUAAAAAAUACAGAUGUGACUAUUUUAGCAAAACAACAUGAACACAAACAUGCAUGUCCGGUUACAGUUGUUUCAGAUCAAAAUGUAUAUGAUAUACUGCAUGAUAACAGUAUAUCAUAAAAAUAUGAUAACAAUUUUUGUCAAUGUUAAAGAUUUGGUGAGUUAUUGUAUUUUUUUACAAAAAAUUUUUUAACAGUGUCAUUGUGGGUGUAGGUCAUAUUUGCAGUUAUUAUUUAUCUGUUUCACUCCUUAAGAUUUCUUGAGAUUGAUCUCAGUUUUAAUUUACUGUUCUUUAGCAGUGUGGUUUGUGUAUUUUGUGUCUUUACUAUUUAUGGCAUGGACACAAAAUCACCUCUGUGCUGGAUCCCAGCAUAUUUUUCUUGGCUACUCAUUUUAAAACAAUGUACUGUACUGUUUGCAAAUGAUGUGCAUAUUUUGGGUCCCAAUGCAAAUGUCCAUUUUUCUUCUUUUUUUUUUAUUGCAUUUGUAUUAAAAUAUAGUCGUAUAUUGUACAUAAUUUUUGUUUUCCUGAUAAACUAAUGGAUGUUUUACCAUAGACUUCAAUUAUGUGUUUACAGAGAGACUGAUGUAGAAACGCAUGUUGUGAGAAAAUGGUUCACUUAAUUUGCUUUCAACUCCUUGCAGACAGACCUUUCUUAAUGCAAUAUAUUUUGGUGGUUUACAGAUGAUAAAUUAUUUUUAAUAAUUUACUAACAAUUUGCUAUAAUGAACAGUAAUUUUUUGUGUGUAAAGCUUUUUAUGGUUCUUUAUUCUUUAUAUCUAUUGGGCUCCUUUUCUUCUUCCAUUAAUUACUGUUCUUGAAAGUCAACCAAACAGAACACUACUCCUUAUUUAAUGGUGCAUUUAACUGUCAUAGUACCACCAUGUUACAAAAAGUGUUUUUCCUCCUCUUGCAUGCUUAUGCUAAUGGAACAUGGACUCUUUGACAGAUUGUCAUUGCAGACAUAUGUUUAGACACUGAAUAUUUAUAAUUAAGACAUGCUGUUAUGUUUAGUAAGAAUAAAGCAGAACUUAUCAUUUAUUUAAUAUGGGAUCUACUUCAAACGGAGUAAAAAAAAACCCAUUAAGAAUCUGAUAUUUUGUUUAUUUUCCCCAAUUUGGGGACAUCUACUAAAUGUUAAAAUUGUCAGUUACCACAGAAUUGCAGUAACAAAAGCUCUAGUAACUGGGGGAAAUUACAGUUACCACAGUACAUUUUGUAAGGGCCACCAGGUGGCAAUAUCAUCUCACGUUGGGAAAAAUCCAUCCAGCUACAAAGCCAGUGAAGCCACAUAAUCUCUUAGAAAUAUACAGAGUGAAACUUUCAAACCAUAUUCAAUGUUGUAAAACUGCUAAGUUACAAUUUCUUUACAUUUGUAGUCUCAAGCUGGUCAAUACUACGGAAAUCAGGCCUCAAUGCUGAAACUUGAACAGUUAGGUCAACUACCUCAGACAAGACAAAGAGCUGGAUGCACUCUUUUACAAGAGGAUUUUUGUAUGACUGAAUAAAUGGGACAGCUGAUGGUUUUCAUGCCUUCCCCCUCCUUUUUUUUUCAGGGAAAUAACUCAAGGGUAUUUCCGUUGGUCAGACUCUUUGUUUUAACUUAGAUGGCUCUCCAUGGUGUCUUGCUUUCAUAUGUCUGGUAUGUGGAUUGUAUUUUCAUAGAGCUCCAGUGCUUCUUUAACCCUUUAUAACCAUUGGCUUUAGUCUCAAAAAAGGCUAUCUGAACUCAAAACUUCAAAGUAUAACUGCUCUAAUUUCAUUUUACCCCUCUUAUACUACUAGGCACCCCUUCUUAACUUCAGUUGCUUCUGUUGUUUUAAUCUUUAGUUUUUUAUGCUGGAUUUUAUUUGAGCUCACGAUGUUCAUAUAAAUAAGUGUUCAGUCGGUGACUGGUUUUGUAAAUUGUAACACUGAUCAGAUUUCAUCUGUGACUAUUUUUUUUUACUGUUCACAUAAUGUAAUUUGUAUGCUCAGUCACUCGUCCUAUGACUCCAACACACUUGACAUAUUAAAAGUAAAAUUGGGUUACCAUUCCAAAAUUGCCAAACUAUAGUAUAUCUUCCUUUACAUAUAUCUUUGAAUAUCUUUCUGCAUCACUAAAAUAAUGAUAAAAUAAGAGGGGUUGACUGUCAGAUGAAUUCGAGGCAGAGUAAUUAGGUCCACAUUUUAAAACAAACUAUUUUUGUCUUUGG